GGCUGUCCUGAAUACUGCAUUGAAUUGUUAUGCACCCUACGCUUUGCCUGUCUGAAUCAAUCCCAUUACCAUGGCUUCCGUGGGUCAGAUCAUUUUCUGGAGCAUGAUCACCAUCAUCAUAAUCCUGGUAGCAGUGAUUGUGCUGAUCAUCGGCUUUGGUGUUUCAGGGAGACGCUCCAUCAGCGUCACCACACUAACCUCCGCUGGGAACAUUGGGGAAGAUGGCAUCUUGGGCUGCACUUUCGAACCUGAUGUCAAGCUCAGCAACAUAGAGAUCCGGUGGGCUAAAGCUGGGGUCUUUGGGAUGGUGCAUGAGUUUAAAGGUGGCAAGGACCAUCUAAAGGACCAGGAUGAAGUGUUCAAGGGCCGGACAGCAAUAUUCGCAGAGCAGGUGAUUGGUGGGAAUGCCUCCUUGAUGCUGAGAGAUGUGCAGCUCUCCGACGCUGGUGCUUACAGGUGUUCUGUCACCACAUCCAAAGGGAAUGGAGAAGCAGGGCUGGAAUACAAGACCGGAGCUUUCAGCUCUCCAGAGAUGCACGUGGAUUACAACAGCAGCAUGGACACCCUGCGGUGUGAGGCUCCCCGGUGGUUCCCUCAACCUGUUGUGAUUUGGACCUCACACAAUAACACAAGAGACAAUUUAUCUGAGGUCUCCAACACCAGCUUCAAGCUGAACUCUGAGAAUGUGACUAUGAAUGUGGUAUCUGUUCUGCACAACAUUACAGCUAAUACUACCUAUACUUGUGUAAUCAAGAAUGACAUUGCCAAAGCUACAGGGAACAUCAAAGUGACAGAUUCCAGCAUCAAGAAGACAGUUCAUUUGCAGCUAUUGACCACAAACAUGGCAUCAGGCUCCUUAUCCCCUCUUGCCCUUUCCUGGAUACUUCUCUCUCUCCUGUACCUGAUGGCUUUGUAGUGCUUGAUCUCCAUAAAGAAAUGUGAAAAGGAGUUGGAACUGGAGAUGAAGAAUUCCACAAGGAUAGCAGGCAAGAUUAAGUGGGAAGAAAGACAUCCUAACCAGAGGAAUGGGAUACAUUUUCUUUCUUAAUGUAGUGAUCAAAACUUUGUUUUUAUCUAUCUAUAAAGGCUCUAUCCAUGAUCACGCAGCUGGAAAAAGGAUUUGCCACAUUGGAUCAGAUCAUUGAUGCCUUGAGUUCAGCAUAUUAUAAUAUGCAAAUUGUGUAUUUUUUCUUAAAAUGACCUAUAACAUUUG